GAGGCGCUCGUGGACCGCGCCACGCAGGCGAUCGUUUUCAAGGAUAUGGACAUUAGCCAGAACACGUUCUCGGUUGAGCAGUUCGGCCGCAUCUUUAAAGCUCUCUCAAAGCCUCUCGUGUCCAUCCAGAUACUGAGACUUUUUGGUUCGGCAACGUUGGAUGACAAAGUGUGCGGUCUGAUGGCUGCCUGGCUCGUGGGUGCAGCUGCCCUGAUCGAGCUACAUCUCAGUGACUGUGCAACCCGAGG